AUGUUUGUAGUUUGCAGUAGAGAUCUAAAGAUACCAGGGGGCCACAGCCAUGAGUUAUUCUUGUCUGUCCUUUCUCGUUACAAUCCUAACUCUGGGAUGUGCCCACAGCUUCAGAAAAGUUGUUGCUGCACUGCUGCCUCAGCAUGUUCCGUCCCUGCCUUCCCAGUAUUCUUGGACGGCUGGAUCUCAAACCAGGCUCUUGUUAAUUCAUUCAUCCCACCGACACAGGGAGGGAAUCAAACGUGUGGAUCCCAAAUCAGGAGGACCAGCCACAGCCAGCGGCAGCAUCAGCCAAAUAAUGUAAGCAACUAUCUGUCACAGUAUCACUCCCCUCCAAAGGCGGACAGGCUACCUGCCGUUAAUCCUUUUCAUCGGUGUCGUGAUCCGCGCAGGUGAUGCAGCCAUGUACAUAUCUGCACUUGGCCAGCACCACAAACAUCGAACUGGCUGGCUCACAUGGACCACACCACGUUGCUCGCAUAUUUUGUUGCGGUAUAGGUCGUAUAUGUAGAUUGAGAGGGAGUAGACUGAGCGGAUGUAAGAGUAUUAAAGAGAAAAAUAUUUAGUUUGUUGUAUCUGUUUAAAC